GGCGUGCGUGGGACCGUGGGUCGGGGCGGUGCGGGGCUGCGGGAGCAACGGGAACAGGGGAACUGCGUGACCGCAGGGCAGGAGGAGCGGCAGAGCGACGGGGAGACGGAUAGAUGGGAUCCGGGCACCGCCGUGCACAGGGGAAUAGGGACAGCUGCGGGGCUGGAGCUGCUGCUAGACGCCCGGCUGUAGCUGUGGAGUGGCGCUGGCUGGCUCCCACACAGCCCGGCUCCCUGGCGGCCGACGAUGAGUUUGACCCCUUCGAGGGGAUGCCUCUUGGACCUGCCCUGGGAGGACAUCUUGGUCCCUCACAUCCUCUGCCAUCUGCCGCUGCGGCAGCUCCUGGGUCUGCAGAGGGUCAGCAAGGCGUUCCAGGCACUCAUCCAACUGUACCUGGCCAACAUGCGAUGCUUUGACUCCAGCCAGAUCAGCUCGGCUGUCCCUAGAGAUGCUUUCCUCGACCUGCUGAAGGACAACAAAGUGCUGCAGCAGCUGGAGCUCCAGAACUGCUCUGACUGGCUGACGGACAGGGAGCUGCUCCCAGUCAUCAUGCGGAACCACCACCUGCACCACAUUCAGCUGAAGGGCUGUGCCCAGCUCAGCUGCCACGCGUUGAUGGUCAUCUCGCUGAACUGCCCCAACCUGCGGCGGCUCUCCCUGGCUCACUGUGAGUGGGUGGACAGCCUGUCCCUGCGCAGCCUGGCUGACCGCUGCAAGGCACUGGAGGCUGUGGACCUGACGGCCUGUCGGCAGCUGAAGGAUGAGGCCAUCUGCUACCUGGUGCAGAAGUGCAGCAGGCUCAAGUCUCUCUCUCUAGCUGUCAAUGCCAACGUGGGUGAUGUGGCAGUAGAGGAGACUGCCAAGUGCUGUCCUGAGCUGGAGCACCUGGACCUCACAGGGUGUCUGCGUGUCAAGAAUGACUCUAUCAGGGUUCUGGCUGAGUACUGUCCCAAGCUGCGCUCACUGAAGGUGAAGCACUGUCACAAUGUGGCUGAGUCCAGCCUGAGUGUUCUCCGAAACCGUGGAGUGGAGCUGGAUGUGGAGCCUUUGCCGCAGACGGCUCUCGUUCUUCUGCAGGACAUGGCUGGCUUUGCCCCUUUCAUUAACCUCCAGAUUUAGAACUGCUGCUGCUAUUGGGAGGGGGGACCAACACGUCACUGGGAUCCCUGGUGGACGCCAGAACUGUUUGCUGCUGAGACGUGCAGAGGGAGAAGUCGAUCCUGUUGGUGAGGCUGGCCCAAAAGGGGCUCACUCUUCUCUCUGGGGCUGUCUAACAGCUACUGCACAUUUGUGAGUGAGCUCUGUGUGUAACUCUCUCCAAAGCAGUGCGGAGAGAGUGAGGGACUUGCAGGAACACCAUAGUGCUGAACAGACCAGCUAAUACACAGGAUUUAUUAUUUGUUGUAUUUUAAAUCUCAAAGUUGCAGUUGUGCAGAGAGCAGGAGAAUGUUUGAUGAGGACUGUGGACUGUCAUCUGGGCAAUGUGUACAGGGCAUGCCAGCAGAGAUGUUGAGAACAAUCCACACCAGCUGGAGUAGUAAGGAGAAAAGCUGGCAGCCCUCAUUCUGGGAAGAAGGCAAUGUGAGCCCAUCUCCAGCCUGCAGCCUCAGCAUGGCAGCAUGUGUGUGCAGAGCUAACACCCUGCCAGAGGCACUGGGUUAGUGCAAGGCAGGAAUUAUUUUCUAGGGGAAUGUGCUCCUAACUGCAAUUUCAGUAGAGGAAAAGCACCAAACCUCAUUGUACUGUUGCUGAGAGCAGCUGGUUCUUGCUAUUUGUUUCUCCCAGGUUGAUUUACAUCUCUGCAGUACCCACGCCUGCUCCUGCAUCCUGCUCCAUGUUGCAUAGCUGCAGCCUUGUCAUACAAUAGUGGUUAGAAAUGGCAACUGCCAAAUGACCUGGCCGUGCUGUCAGCUGGAGUUCAUGGAGUGCUGGAGGUUGUGCUGGCAGGGAGAACCCAGCUCUUGUUUAGAGUAUAUCCUUAUUCUUUGCAUCCAGUAAGUGGUCAACCCAAAGGGUAGCUAA